UAUUUUUAUUCCUGUUGCAACUGCUAAAUAAGUGUGUUGCUAUUUUGACAAAGAGCAAUAGGAGAACUCCAGAAACUGGAAAACUCAGCUGCUCCUCUCUCCAAACACCACCAGAAGACUUUUUCUAUGCCUCACUUGGGACUUACAGAGAAUUAAAUUGAUUCCUAGGAAACCUAGAGCCAAACUUGGCCAGGCAUGGCAAACACACACGGUCGAGUCAUCUUUCCACCCAGCUGCUCCAUCAUCAUAAUCGUCCUGCAGCUCCUGUCCUGCAGCAUCCCUGCAAACGGGAAAGCUGAUUUCUCCAUCAUUGGACCUAAAAUACCUGUUCUGGCAGUGCUGGGCGAAAAUGUGGAGCUACCAUGUCGUCUGUCCCUCAAUAUCAGUGCCGAGGACAUGGAGCUUCGGUGGUACAGGAAUCAGCCAUCCCAAGUCGUGCACCUGCACAAGAAUGGGACAGACAUGAAGGAAGAACAGAUGAGAGAGUACCAGGGAAGGACCACUUUCCUGAGUGCUGGGCUGGACCAGGGAAAAGCCACAGUGAAGAUCCACAACGUGACAGUUUUUGAUAAUGGAACAUUCCACUGCAACUUCAAAGAUGGCAACAUGUCUGCAGAGACCAGGCUGUGGCUGAUGGUGGCAGGUCUGGGCGGGAUGCCCAGAAUCCAAGUGCAAGCUGUCCAAGGUGAAAUUGUCUGGGCACAGUGUACCUCAGAAGGCUGGUUCCCAGAGCCCCAGGCAGAAUGGAGAAAUUUCAGAGGACAGCCCCUACCUUCCAUGACCCACCUCUCAGCCUCGCCAACAACAGGUCUCUUCACGGUGGUGUCCAAUGUGACCAUCCAGGAUGGGGAUGUUCAGAACUUCUCCUGCUGCAUCUCCAGUCCCCUCCUCCAGAAGAAGAUGGUCAACUACCACUUGCUCCCUCAAUUGUCCAGAAGUUCCCUGUCAAAGGAAUGGAAGAUAGUGCUGCCUCUGAUCUUCACUCUGGCAGGGCUUAUCACAGCUGGAGCCACCUGUCUCUACCAGAAAUGUCAGAAAGACAGGAAUGUGGGGCAACUGGAAGAAGAGAGACUGCAUAGAGCAGAAGAGCAGCACUCUCAAGAUUGGACAGAGGACAAGGUGAUCUAUGUGAGCCCAUCCCUGGACCCUGACACCGCAAGCCCAAAACUCGCUCUGUCUGAGGAUGGGAAGAGUGUGAGGCGGCUGUUCUUUGACCAGGAGCUGCCAGAUGUCCCCAGCAGAUUUGACCAGGACCCCUGUGUAUUGGCACGGGAACAGUUCUCUGCUGGGAGGUAUUAUUGGGAGGUCCAGGUAGGACAGAGGAAGGCUUGGAAUGUGGGUGUCUGUCUGGAGAGCUUGAAUCGGAAGGGAAGGAUCCCAAAGGCUCCCCAACAUGGACUCUGGGCCCUGGAGCUCUACAAGAAGACAUUCUGGGCCCUCGCUUUCCCAAGGGUCCGCCUGCACCCUUCAGGGCCCCUACAUCAGGUGGGUAUUCUCCUGGACUAUGACACUGGCAGAGUCUCAUUCUACAACGUUGGCAAUGGAUCCCUCAUCUACUCAUUCUCUGGACUCUCCUUCUCAGAGCCCCUGAGGCCAUUCUUCUGCCUCUGGACACACGACCCUAACCCUCUUAUCAUCUACUCAGAAUGCCAGCCCCCUGAGGCCACGGGCCCUCCUCAGAGCCAAGGACAGGAGAGGGUGGGGACCCUCCUUCAACAAGACCCAUGAUCUCUUUGCUCUAGCCUGUCAUAGACUUGGGGGAGACAUGUCCAUUCUACAUGCCAGCUAGACCUAUAUAAAGGUACAUCUUUCUGA